AUGGGUCGGGGAGAGAUUCCGGUCAAUGCGUGCCCCUCUGUUAGCAGGUUGCAGAGGUGGGCUCCCGCUGUACGGUCGGCCAGUUUAAGGCGUCCGCUGCGAAUUCCAAUGGUGGGCGAACAGGCUGUCAAGGACGAGCCUUGCGUGGACAUCAUUAUCCGCGUUGUGAAGGCGGAGCUGAGCCACAUCGACGGCUUCUUCGGUGUGGCGGACGUCUUCGCGAAUGUCCACUGGGAGGCUCCCGAUGGCUGCCGUUGGCAGGUUGCGAGGACGCCUACCAUCUGGAUGUCGGGCCGCUGCCCGGAGUGGGAGUUCGACUGCCCGAAGCGAGCCCCGGCGGCGGGUGAUCGGCAGUUCGUUCGGGUGAUGUCGGCGGUUUGGCAGCGGUACAACGAAGAGCUCUACGAGGUAAGCUCGGAGAGCGAAGGGAGCCUAAGCUCGCUGCUGGCCGCCCGCUUCAGCGGCGCGCACGACAAGGCUGCGCGCGAGUACGCACCGUGCGAGGCUACUGAGCCGCUCACGAUGCCGCCGUCACCGCUGCUCCAGCGCCUGAGCACGGCCGACUUGCAGAAGGUACGGGACGCCGCGCGUGUACUCGAGACGUUCGGCCUGACCGGCAUCGACAGCGUGCCGCAGCUGGUCGCCGACCUUGAUGCAGCGGUCCACGCGCGUGCCGAGGCGGAGAACGCCAAAUGCAAGGCAUGGAUGGACCACGUGACGGUGCCGGAGGCGUAUCGCGAGAGAGGUUCCAUCAUCAGUGACACAGCCAAGCGCGGCAUCUCGGUGGCGCAGCUGCAGGAGCUGGGCACGCUGGUGCAGGAGGUCUUGGAGAAGACUACGGUCGUGGACAGGAGCAACGCCAGGCAGGACUGGAAGCGCAUCAACCUGUACAUCAUUUGCGCUUACUUCGUGAUGCCGUUGACAAGCCGCUUCCGUUGCUCCUUCGUCGAGCUGCUUGCCGAUGCGGAGCAAGUCCCAACGUGGUUCGUUAGCCACUACUGGGGCACACCGUUCUACCAGACCCUCCGCAUGUUGUCCUUACACCGUCUUCAUCGCAGGCUUGCUGAGGGUUGCUUCUAUUGGUUGUGCACGUUCGCGAACAACCAACAUCAUCUCGAUGAACUCAACGGCGGCUUGGUUGAUUCGCCUUUCGUUAGGGUUCUUCGAGCCGAGUCGUGCUGCGGUACCGUCGCGCUGAUGGACGAGAAGGCAACCCCCUUCCAUCGCGUCUGGUGCGUCCUGGAAUGCUACGAGAGCACCAUGAGCGUGGAGACCGCUGGUAAGAAAGAGCACUUCUACGACAUCGCAGCGUGGAUCCCAGAGAACACCCAGUUCUGUAUGGGACAGGCUCGCCCUGAGCAAGCAGCUCUGCAGCUGGAUGUUGGGCAGCAUGACUCCGGUGUUUGUGAGGUGGUAGAGAAGGAGGGGGCAUUUCCUUGGCAAGUGGCAGACAUCGGUGUCAAGACGAACGUCCGCGAGGCGGAAGCCUCCCGAGAAGUUGAUAAGCGCGUCAUCAUGGCAUACAUCACAGGCAAAGAGGACCGCUUGAACGCCAUCGUCCGGCAGCGGUUCGUCUCCGGGGCCAUGUACUCGGCUGCGCUCGCCGGCAAACCUGACGCACUUCGCGAUCUUCUCCGAUCCCAUCCGGACGCAGUGGACAAGGCCAACAACAAAGGCGCCACGCCCGUUUUCGUCGCCGCGCAGGAGGGCCAGGUGGAGACGCUCAAGGUCCUCGUCGAGGCAAAGGCCAACCUGGACAAGGCCAAAAAUAUCGGCGCCACGCCCGUUUACAUCGCCGCGCAGAAGGGCCAGGUGGAGGCGCUCAAGGUCCUCGUCGAGGCAAAGGCCAACCUGGACAAGGCCAUGAACGACGGCGCCACGCCCGUUUUCAUCGCCGCGCAGAAGGGCCAGGUGGAGGCGCUCAAGGUCCUCGUCGAGGCAAAGGCCAACCUGGACAAGGCCAUGAACGACGGCGCCACGCCCGUUUUCAUCGCCGCGCAGAAGGGCCAGGUGGAGGCGCUCAAGGUCCUCGUCGAGGCAAAGGCCAACCUGGACAAGGCCAUGAACGACGGCGCCACGCCCGUUUUCAUCGCCGCGCAGAAGGGCCAGGUGGAGGCGCUCAAGGUCCUCGUCGAGGCAAAGGCCAACCUGGACAAGGCCAUGAACGACGGCGCCACGCCCGUUUUCAUCGCCGCGCAGAAGGGCCAGGUGGAGGCGCUCAAGGUCCUCGUCGAGGCAAAGGCCAACCUGGACAAGGCCAACAAUAACGGCGCCACGCUCGUUUUCAUCGCCGAGCAGAAGGGCCAGGUGGAGACGCUCAAGGUCCUCGUCGAGGCAAAGGCCAACGUGGCAUGA